AUGGAGCUUCGAAUUGGCAACAAGUACCGGAUCGGUCGCAAGAUUGGCUCGGGGUCCUUCGGCGACAUUUACCUCGCGAUAAACGUGGUCACCAACGAGGAGGUGGCAGUCAAGCUCGAGUCUGCUCUUGCGGGCGGUGUCGGCAUCCCCUUUAUUCGCUACUUUGGCGUCGAGCAGGAUUACAACGCGAUGAUCAUUGACCUGUUGGGCCCGUCUCUCGAGGACCUGUUCAACUUUUGCAACCGCAAAUUCUCGCUAAAGACCGUGCUGCUUCUCGGCGACCAGCUGCUGUCACGCAUCGAGUAUAUCCACAGCAAGUCGUUUAUCCACCGCGACAUAAAGCCAGACAACUUCCUUAUGGGAAUCGGGCGGCGGACAAAUCUGGUCCAUGUCAUCGACUUUGGGCUGGCGAAAAAAUACCGCGACCCGCGCACAUAUUGCAUAUUCCGCACUGCGCGCUAUGCCAGCAUCAACACGCACUUGGGCAUCGAGCAGUCGCGGCGAGACGACCUCGAGAGCUUGGGAUACGUGCUGAUGUACUUUUUGCGCGGGAGCCUGCCCUGGCAGGGGCUGAAGGCAGCGACAAAGAAACAGAAGUACGACCGCAUCAUGGAAAAGAAGAUGAGCACCAGCACCGAGGAGCUUUGCCGCGGGUUCCCCACCGAGUUUGCAGUGUACCUCAACUACGCGCGCAGCCUGCGCGUCUUCAAAUACGACUACAUGUUUGACUGGACGACGUUCAAGGCAGAGCGCGCUGCCAACACGCUCCCGCCACAGAUCCAGCCACAGAUCCAGCUGCCCGCAGAGGAACAGCGAGCCAGAACCAGCAAGUGCGCAAGCCCCCAGGCGUUUCUCCCAGCGACCGCGUCCUGCGCAGCAGCACCAAGGCCACGCCUGGGGCCCCUGGCAGCGGCAGCGGGAGCGGGAAUGGCAUGCCCAUGA